AUGGACAGGCUGGGUAGCAUGCAUUGGAAUGGGCCGUGCGGGCAGAAGCACGAGGAGGAGAUGGAGGAGAGUGUCAAGAGGGGAUGGAGCGGCGAGGCGCUGGUAUGGGGACGCGGUCACGUGGCUCGGUUGACGCGGAGCGCGGGGCAAAAUAAAGCGCCGGGGCUCGUCGACUGCUGCGACCCUUUCCUCGGAAACAUCCUCACCUCCUCCAUCUCCUCCAUCUCCUCCUCCUUCGCCAACUCUCAUAUGCUCAAACGACCCCGGGAUGCGUUUGACACGCCAGAAUCGUCUUCGCCGCCUCUUCCUGCCAGCAAACGACGCUACCUCUCCUCUGUUGCUGGUUCGUCUCCCUCAACCUCCGUGUCAUGCCUCUCCACGCCCUAUACUCUCCCGUACUUCCGCUCGCCAUACUCCGAGUCGAUCCCCCACGACUCGCCCUCCAACCCUUUUGGCCUCAACCGCGCCCUCAGAGCCUUGACAAUCCCGCGCCCGACCGGCUUCAGCAAGCACAUCGUCCUCCGCUUGCAGCUCGUCUCUACCGCCGAUCCCGCGGCGCGUCCUCGGAAGAUAUCCGUAUCGGACGCGCCAUACCGCAUCGUGCAGGUCCCGCUGAACUACUCCUUCCGCCUCCUCCACAUGCUGGUUCUCUUUCUUCUUGCUAGCGAUGCACGUCUACGCGUCCGCCGCCGCAAACGCGUUGGGAACCAUGUUCUGCGAUCACGGGCGCCUCCUGCCUCUCAUAAGCCCAAGGACGUUGCCGAUAAUCUGGAAGAUCCUCCAGAAGCGCAGGACGGACAUCUUUUCGAGGUCUACGAGAAUGUACGGCUAUACACCAACACGUACCGCCCUGGGGUCAUCAAGGACGGUACAGGCAAGUUGUACGCCAGGCUCUCAAGCACGCGAGAACGCAAGCUUUUUCCUGAUGGUCCUGUCGGCCGUGCGGACAACGACGUCUUCGGCGGAGCCUCGAUAACACAGUCAGAUGUCGGAACGAUGGACUCCACAGCUGACGAGGACGACGAGGAAGAGGGGUGGGACUGGGAGCCCGAGGACGACUUUCUUCUGUCAAGCGUGUGGACGGAUGGCCCCAGUUUGAAGAAAGGCAUCAUCUACCACCACACACCCUCCACCACCGUCCACAUCACAGUGAACCAGGCGCGCGUACCACCCCGUAAGGGCAUCGGGAACGCGCCAUACGUCUUCGCCGCGCACGGCGGCACAGCUGGCGCGGUCCGCAUCGCGAACAUAGCCCCUAACAUCCCGCCCUCCUCUGCCCCGCCCUCCACCUCCACCGCGCCGCAGCUCCAGCGCAUACGCAAAGGCAAGGCGUUGCAGCAAGCCACCCUCAACGGCGGCAGCGACUCUGAGCGCGACUGGGACAGCUCGUCCGGGUCCGACGCACCCGCACCCGAGCGGCCGUACACAGAUGACGGCGACGAGGUCCCCGACCUCAGUCCGUACGAGACCGCGGACGAGGCCGCGCUCGAGCGCUGGAACGCGCACAACGCGUUCGAGCGCUUCCUCAAACGCGAGGCUGCGCGCGAGCGCGCCAUGCGUCGCCCCAAACCCGCGUCGUCGAGUGCGGUAGCGGGGCCUUCGAGGGUGACACGCGCAAGAAUGGCGGAGGGGGACGUGCCAUCAUCUCCAAUCGGGGCGCGCGGGGGCGCGCACCGCUACGGGCACCGGCGGUACGUGAGCGGGGAGCGCGACCCGGACGUCGACCCGGAUCCGGACGGAGCGGAGGCGUACAUCCCGCCAUCGAGCCCAAGCACGCUCCCGGUAGACAUCCCGUCGGACUGUGAGGCGCUCUGGACGGACACCGACGGCGAGCUCCCGGGGGCGUAUUCCUCCGAGGGAGGAGAGGACGCGCGGGAGAACAUGCGGUACAUGAUCGAGCUGCCGCUGCAGACGCCGUUCCCGACGCACCCUGCGCUGCGGCGGCGCGUGCGGCGGGCGUCGGAGCGUAUGGAGCAACAAGUCAGCAAGGGCCUGAGCGAGUUCGAUGAAGAUGAGCCGGAGGACGAGGACGGGAAGGGAGGCAAGCAAGCGAAAGACGGGGAGGCGGGUGCGAAGGCGGGCGUGAAGGGGAAGGAGAACGUGGUGGCGAAGGCACACCACAAGACGGGGGUGCGCGGACGCGAGCCGGAUCCAGAGGAGAGUCCUGUGAAGGAGAGGGUCGCGGCGCGCAACGCACAUCCGCCUCCACCGGCUGCACAGCCCGAGUCGCCGUCUGAGGAGAACAACGACGAGAGUGAGACCGAGAGCGAGCAGGGGAGUGUCGAGUCGGUGGAGGUGGACGGAUUCACGAUGGGCGCGCCGUGGCUGCGUAUGCGCGGGCCCAAGGACGGGAGCAGUACCGGGCGAGGUAGUCAGUGGGAUUCUGACGAGGAGGUUUAG